GGCCGGGCCCGGGCGCCGCCAGCAUGGGGCCCGACGGCUCCGGCCGCCGCCGUGCCAGCCGCGCCGCCGAGGACGCCUACGUGCGCCAGGAGCUGGCGCCGGGCGCCGACGCGGCCUUCUGCAAUGCCUUCUGGGGCACCAACGACGCCGGAUACGAAGUGGUGCAGGCACGGAUGAAGACGGCGGCGCGCACGCUCGAGGACCUGCGCGCGCUGUACAAGGAGCGCGCCGAGAUCGAGUCCGACUACGCCAAGCGCCUCUCGAAGCUCUCGCGCCAGGCGCUGGGCAAGGAUGAGAGCGGCGCCAUGGCGGCGGCGCUUGGCGUCGUGCGCCGCGAGGUCGAGGGCACGGCCAACACGCAUCUCGAGCUGGCCAACCUGAUCAGGAGGGACCUGGAGGGCGCACUGGCGGAGUUUGCGGGCAACUGGUCGGGCGCCAGACGGAAUUCGUCUGUGGCAAUCGAGAAGCUCUACAAGCAAAAGCAGACGCAGGAGGCGUACGUGGGCAAGUCGCGGGAGAAGUACGAGCAGGACUGCAUCAAGAUCAACGGCUACACGGCGCAGAGCAGCCUGGUGCAGGGCCGCGAUCUCGACAAGGUCACUGCCAAGCUCGACAAGGCGCAGGCGACCGUCUCUGGCAAUGACAAGGACUACCAGAACUUUGUGCGCGCGCUCAAGGACACGACGUACAAGUGGAACGGCGAGUGGAAGAGCUACCUCGACCAAUGCCAAGAUCUGGAGGAGGAGCGCCUCGACUUCAUCAAGGGCAACCUCUGGAACUUUGCCAACGCCGUGUCUGCCGUCUGCGUUGCUGAUGACGAGGGCUGCGAGCGCGUGCGUGUCUCUCUCGAGAACUGCGAGUCGGCAACAGACGUGCUCGACUUCAUCCACCGGCGCGGCACGGGCGGCGCGAUCCCAGACCCGCCAGAGUACAUCAACUACGCCAAGGGCCAGCCGGCGCCCGCGCGGCCCUCGUUUCACAGCGCCAACUUCCAGCGCAACUCGACGCGCCCGCCGCCGCCUGUUCGGCAGCCUGCCGCCGCUGUACCGCCGCCGGCCGCAGCGCAGCAGCAGGACCCGAUGCGCGACGUGACCGCCGGCAUGGCAGGCAUGGGCGUGGACCAGCGUCAGGAGAGCCGCUCGCGCAAGAGCAGCUCCGGUGGCUCGCAGUCUGGCGCCCACGCGCCGCGGCCGCCGUCUGCUGGGCCCGGCGCAGGCGACUAUGCGCAGUAUGCCCAGCAGCAGCAGGCGCCGCCGCCACAACAGCAGGCGCCAGCGCCCCAGCAGCCCGCUCCGCAGGCGGCGCCACAGCAGCAGCCGCAGCCGCAGCAGCAGCAGCAGCAGCAGCAACAGCCAAGCGCCUACCGCCCGCCGCCUGGCGCAGUCUCGCUGCCAGGCAUGAGCGCUCCGCCCACGUCGCAGUCUGCGCGGCUUCCACCCAACGAGAGCAGCGGCGACAGCAACAGUGCGCCGCUCGCGGCCUCUGCUUCUGCGCCCGUCGCACCUCAGGCGACCGAGCCCGCAUCGGAUCCCAUCGCCGAUGCGCUGCGCAAGCUGCGCGAGACGCGCCCUGGCGGUCGCAGCCCGGGCCCACCGGGUCCACCGGCCAAGGGACCGGGCGCCCAGCAGUUCAACAACGUGUCGCGCGGCGGCACGCCAUCGCAGCAGCAGGGCCAGUACGGCGCGCUGGGCCACCCGCGUGCUCCUUCGCCGUCGCCGUCGCAGUCCGGCGGCGUCGGACGCGCUCGCUCGCCAAGCGCCGCGUUCAUGACGGGCCCGGAUCGCUCCACAUCGCCGCUGCCCGCAUCGGUGGACGAGGUGAUCGGAGGUUACGGCCAGUCCUUUCCAGGCGAGCGGCGCUCCGUCAACCUGUCGCGCCAGAACUCCGCAGCGCCGCAACACCAGCAGCAAGCGCCGCCGGCUCAGCAGCAGCAGCCGGGUGCGGGCAUCGAGCGCUCGCGCAGCCCCGGGCCCAGCCAGCAGGGCUUUGCCGGUGUAGGUGCACGCGGCCGCAGCCCGAGCCCGGCGCCGUUCGGGCGCCAGCAGCCCGGACAGCAGCAGCCGCAGCAGCAACCACAGCACCACCACCAGCAGCAGCAACAGGCGCGGCCCACCAGCAUGGCGCCGCCGGCGCGCUCCACAACGCCGCUCGGCAUCCAGCUCAACGCCUCGGGCUCGGUGACGCACGACCAGAUGGCCGAGGAGUACAUUCAGCGCACGGGCAGCGUCGGCCCGGCCGCACACCGGCCGCAGGCGCAGUACGCCCCGCAGACGCAUGCUCCUCAGGCACACCACGCGCCGCAGGCCUCACAUGCCUCGCAUGCUCCGCCGCAGCGAGGUCACUCGCCGGCGCCGCAGCACAUGCCUCAGCGCGGCCACUCGCCGGCACCGCCGCAGCAGCACCCGCACGCCCAUCAGCAGCAGCAGCCACCGCGCGGACACUCGCCCGCGCCGCCGAACGCCUACGGCCACGCGACGCAUCAGUCGCAGCCGUCGCUCGCCACGUCGCAGUACGGCUCGGUCGGCUACCACGGCCAGGCGCCGCAGCACUACGCCCAGCCGCCGCAACAGCAGCAGGCCGCUCCGCAGGGCUACGCGCCGCAGGGCUAUGGGCAGCAGCAGUACGGCGCGCCGGCGGCCAGCACAUCGCCGGCGCCGGGUGCUCACGGCGCGUACGCCCAUCCUGCGUAUGCACAGCAGCAGGCGUCGCUGGCGCAGCAGUACGCUCCGGCGCCGCAGCAGGCUCCGCAGCACACCGAGUCGCCGGCAGCUGCCUACGCGCGCUCCUACCACGGCCAGCAGCAGAGCGCCGCCUCGUACGCGCCCGCCGCUGCGCCGACACCGGCCCCGGCGCCGGCCGCUCCGGCCGCACCUACUCAGGCGGCGCCGACGGGGCAGUACAGCGACUCGGGCCGCCCCAUUCUCUUCUACGUCUCGGCGCUGUACAACUACGCCGCCUCGUCGGCCGAGGAGUUCAGCUUCACCGCCGGCGACGUCAUUGCCGUCACCGAGACCAACGCCGACGGCUGGUGGCGCGGCGAGCUGCUCGACGAGGCGCGCAGAGGCAGCGGCGACGUCUUUCCGAGCAACUUCGUCUCGCUGCUCUCCUAGCGCGCGCUCUUACCUCUCGUCCGCCCCUCUGUAUGACCCCUCCGGACGAAAUAGAGACCCGCGUGCCGAUGCCUCCGCGUAUGUGUCAGCUGGAUAUACCUCGCAUUACGGUCUACGACACGGGAGACGGGAGGAACACACGGCUGCCUAGUGCGCCUAGGACUUCUUGGGGCCGCCCAGCGGUGCGCCAAUGUCCUUGCCGCGCAGCUUCACGCCCA